ACGUGACAAAACUAUUGAAAGUGAGGUAAAAUGAGGAUUAACAGGAGACUGUUGCCUAUUAAGGCGCAUUUCUUCCUGUUUAUGGGCUGUAAGUAUUUUCUUUACUUUUCUAAGACAAUCUUUUGAAUAAACAGUAAGCGACAAAGACAAUACACCCAAUAAAAACCAUUUUAUUCGCAUGAAAUUGUGUAUAAUAACAGUUAGCGCGUGAUCUCUCGGUAACAGGAGGGGACAACAACUCUUAUUGGUCAAUUCGCCAUUAAAUUUCAAGCGGCCGCCUGGCGGAAUAAUGCGCGGGGCAGGGGCAGGGCAGGCAGAGUUGCACUCAGGCCACCGUCCGUCGCGUGUAUCACUGUGUGCUCGUGUUUUCGUAUUCACCUUGCUUGGUUGUUGCUGUUGUUGUUGUUAAGUGUAUUUGAGUUCAUUUGUUAAGUUUCUGUUUCUGUUAAAUACUGUCAUCUUUGUUUUACAACACGUCCAUCAUUCGGAGGUAGCCCUGAAUGCGGCCCUGUACGCCGUCCUUGCUUUUGGCAAUCACGCAUCCAUUCUAUCUUGGGUGUAAAUACACUAUAGUCAUAAGCAAGAGGAAAUCGUGACUAAAUUUUGAAAUGAAAACGUUUAUUGUACUAGAUUUAGCUUAAAUCGUGUUGGACCACCUUAUUACUAUUAGCACUACAACAGUAGGCAGAAAAGUACGAUAACACUGUUGUGUAGACUUUUUUAUGCUGGAUCAUUCACAAAACUGCUGUCUUAACAAAUUGACAGUUGUUGCGCUCACUGUUUCCUCACUAAGAGGGUUCCACGAAUAUACCGCACGUUUUGAAAUUGAAAAUUCUCCUUAUCAACUUAGGUGUCUUCUCUCUUUUUCUAUUUUUUUUUAUGAUAUUCCCUCGGAGAUGAAGAAUUUGACUAAUAUUGAACAUUUGAAGGGUAUAUAUAAGUAGCAGCAACUGAUGAUGUUUAAUAUCUCAAUGAUGCUUUAUACAUGGUGGCCAAUAUAUAACUGACUGAUUUAAAUUGCGCGCAAUUUUUGAUUGAUGAAUUCAUCAUGGAGCGCUACACGAUCCCACGUAUUGCUAAAACGUUUUACUGAAAUAAUGAGCCGAUUGUUGCAACGAUUCGGAAGCUACGACAAGAUAAUGUGCCCAGUGUCAACACCAUUCGUCAGUUGGUGCGGAAAUUUGAACAAACAGGUGAAGUUAAAAACUUGUCAAAGUCGGACCAUGUUAGAACUGUUCGUACUCCGGAAAAUAUCGAGAGAGUUCGUGAAAGUGUAGUGGAGCGCCCUGAUACGUCUACCAGACAUCGUUCUCAAGAACUGGGUAUUCGUCGCACGUCAUGCAAUAUUGCAGCUUAAUACUCAAGAUAACGAUUUUUACCGACAACUGUUAAUAAACGAUGAAGCCCACUUCGAUAUGAAUGGAUUUGUUAAUAUGCAGAAUUGUCAUAUCUGGGUGUUAGAGAACCCUCCAUCCAUCAACGACCACUAUAUCCUCGUUAAGUCCCAGUUUGGUGGAUGAUCAAAAAAAUCGUACAUCUUUUGUUUCAUGGCUGGGUAGACGUCAAACACACACUUGAACCAUUUGUCAAUCGGAAAAUGCUACUACAGGGUUUAUUACUGUUUAAUCAUUUGCUUCAGCUCCGGCCCAGUAAACAUUUAAUGUUUGUCGAUAUAAGGUAGACUUAGGUACGCUGACUAUUCCAAUAAAAUUGUACUGUAUUGUAUUAAUGGUCUAUGGAGAUAAGGGAGAUGAGGCGAGGUAUAGCAAUUAUCAUCUAUUUUUUGCAUGGAUUAUAAUAGUGAUAGAAACUUUAUCAAGUGUUUUACGUUUCCUUCUAGCUCUAGGCCCAAUCCUACCUCAACUACCAGUAUAUGGAAAAGAACUGGGCAUUUCAACAGUGGUAAUGGGUACAAUCACAGGUAUUCUACCCUUACUAUUCCUCUUUGCCAAACCAUUAUUUGGCAUGCUGGUAGAUGUAUACAGAGACUACAGAAAGACAAUUUUCAUGGCAAUAAUAUGUAUAAUGGUGCUGUCGUUUGCACUUAUGAAUUUUAUCCCACCUGAAUCUAGAAUGGAUGUCUACUUUAGUAAUGUUGGUAAUGUUCUCUUCGAGAAUUGUACAGCACAAGAGUUCUUGGAAGAACAAGAAUGUAACAACCAAACCCUGCGAGUAACAUGUACUUCAAAUUGCUCAACAAUAUCAACAUCGUACCUGAUGAGUGAACUUAAGCAUUCUAACUCUAGUCAACAGUACAAACUAUGCUACUGGACCAACGAUUCUUUGAUAACCGUGAACGAUUCCCUAAACUCUAUUUGUGAUAUGAAAUGUGCCAAGGAUUUUGAGAACCACAAUGGAUGCUUGUACAAAUCUUUCACGUUUUGGAGCUUUGUGAUAUUGAUGUACAUUGGAUCUAUUGGAUUUAAUGUGAUAAAUUCGAUAACUGAUGCUAUAUGUUUUGAUAUCAUAGGAGAAGAAUAUGACUACGGAAAACAGAGAGUCUGGGGCACUAUAGGAUGGGGCCUUUCAGCAUUAUUUGCUGGCUACAUAGUUGACUUAUUUUCUGGUACUUCAAUAACCUAUACACCCGCUUUUAUUAUCAUGCUAGUCCUUUCUGUUUUUGACUUAUCGGCCUGUAUCAAACUCAAACUCCCAGUUAUGAAAGCUCCGGAAAAUAUGUUCAAAGAGAUAAAACAUCUGAUGAACAACAGACAUGUUGUGAUAUUCAUUACUUUUGCCGUUUUUGCUGGAAUUGUAGAUAGCUUUAUUAUUUAUUAUUUAUUUUGGUACGUUGAAGAUUUUGCUAAACAGACUGGCACCACAAAUAUCAAACUGCUAGAAGGGUUGAUUUUGGCUGCAGAAACUCUUGGGGGAGAAGUGAUUUUUUUCUCACUUGCAGGUAAAAUCCUGAAACGUUUCGGGCACGUGCACUGCUUCAGCAUGUGUUUCGUGAACUACGCUUUGCGGUACGGCCUCAUCUCCGUGGUACCAUCCCCAUGGUGGAUCGUACCCAUCGAGUUCGUUUUCCAGGGACCCACAUACGCCAUGACGUACACCACGAUUGUAGAGUACGCGAACGAGUUGGCACCGCCCGGUACUUCAGCUACCAUGCAGGGUAUUGCAGCGGGAAUGGAUGACGGGUUUGGGUAUGCGAUUGGCAGUUUCAUAGCCGGAAUUCUGUAUAAAUACAUAGGGGGAAGAAACACCAUGCAUCUAUUUAGCGUUUUCGGAGUCCUUUGCAGCAUUACACAUUUAGUUUUACACAAAACCUACCUCAAAAACAAAGAGGGCCUCAAGAAGAAGGAAAACGUAUCUGAAUAUAAAAGUCCUGACGAAGCUGUGAAAAUAACUUACGAUACGUGACGGUCUAUGUUCAUCCUGAAAUAUUUGUUGACGAAUAUUUUAUGGGUCCAGCAACGAACCUUGUGGAAUGCGUUGUGAUUUGAGCAUGAAAUACUUCAAUAAUGACAAUGACUGCCUAGGUCCAGUAAGAAACCUUGUGGAAUAUUUACAAUAAAAUAUACGUAUAACAGGCUGCUAAUGUUGGUUGCAAGUUGUAAGUGUAUAGUAUAUUUUUGUUUGGACUUUGCGAUAAUGAAUUGUGAUAAAUUUGUAUUUUCUUAAUAAUUGUUUUCUUAUAAAUCUGCACGUUUCAAUGGUUUUUAUCAGCAAUUUUUAACAACUGACUGUCCUCGUAGUAUACCUCGAUUUUUGCAAAAUAGAUACCUCAACGCAGGAAGUGUUUUGUAGAACUCUGUAGUUAUUUCAUUGAAAGUUCCUGGAUUUUUAUGUCUUAUACAGAUGCAUUGUAAUUGUUGAUUCAUGUGGAUGUACUUUUGUCUCAAAAUUAAUGAUUCAAACGAAGCUGGGUGGCAAGGGUGCUGAUUUUACAGAAAUGAAGAAAAACCAUAUAUAUAUAUAUAUAUAUAUAUAUAUAUGGGUGUCCGCAAAGUUGGGG